UCGUGUUUUUCUCUUGGAAACUAAAUUAUUUUUACAAGCGUAAAGAUUUUUAUCAAGGAGCCUCAACUAUUCAGUUUUCUUUUCAAAGCCUCGAACGAAUAACUUUAUUAAAAAAAAGCAUCAUGAAAUAUCUGAUUAUGAUGUUGGCCCUGGUGGCAGUUAUUUGGGCCGCCCCUCAAGGAUUCGGCAAGGUCAACGUCUAUAGCCCAGGAGUCAGUAGUCCAGUAAAUUUACGUGCUCAAGAAGGAUACGGCGAUUUCCAAUUCUUUGCUCAAAACAAAAGAUUAAGAGGACCUCCUAGGGUCGAAAGUGGACUUCCAGUAGCAAAUGUCGGUGUUCAUAGCGAAGGAUCAAAUGGCGGACAUAUUAGAUUCGAUGAUAGGAAGGCACAUGGUUGGCAAGGUGUUCAGGGAUGUGCGGGUCCGUACAUCGGUUACCAAGCCACAAAAUUAAAUUUCAGACAAUCAGGAGGACCAGCAGGUCAGACUGGAUAUAGCGGAGUGGGUCCAAAAGUCGUUCGUGAAAAGGAAGACUUUAAGAAUGGACACCAUGGCCUCCCAAAUGGAUCCAAUCUUGGAAGCCCAAAGGCGGUAGGCCCCCAAGUCGUUGGACAAGGCGAAAGAAUAAAAUUCGGACAUCUUGGAGUUGAUAAAAGAGUGGAAUCUGGCAAACCAAGUGCCAAUGAAAGUCGUGGUAGAAAACCCCUUCCGCAAAUGAAUUAUAGGUGUGCUCUCUCUCAUUGCUCACAAAAUUAUAACCCGUUCGUACAGAAACAGGAGGAACGAUCUUUGUGGUCUUGGUUUAAGUGGUAAACUUUAAUAUUUUGUGAAAACAUUCCCUACAGGUCUAUUGUUUAUUGAAAACUUAGUUAAAGAAAUUAUAUGUAAAUGUAAAUAUG